AUGCAGGCAGACCACCAUUACACACCACGUUGGGGGGCUCUCUGCAUGUUGGCGGCCGGCUUGGCGUUGACGUCGCAAGCGCCGCCGCCGUGCCCGCGCUCCUGUCGCUGCGGCGCGGCCGUGCCCACCGCCAACUGCUCUUACGCCCGACUCGCCGCCGUGCCAGAGCGCCUCCCCCCGGAUUUGACUCGACUCAACCUGAGCCGCAACGCCAUCAGGACUCUGGCGCCUGAGCAGUUCGGGGCUUUGACGCGACUGGAGGACUUGGAUUUGAGCGACAACCUCCUGGCGUAUGUCGAAGCCGAUGCCUUCGUGGGCCUGCGGAGCUUGCUGGAUUUGCGCGUGGCUCGCAACCGCCUGAAGGUGCUUCCGGUCGGCGCCUUCGCCGGCUUGUCGAGACUACGGCUGCUCGACGUGAGCGGCAACGAGAUCCUGGGCUUCCUAGAUUUCACCUUCCGCGAAUCGGCCGGCCUACGCGUGCUAAAAGCGCUGCAAAACGACGUUGUCUUCGUCUCUCGCCAGGCCUUUGCGGGUUUAACCGACCUGCGCCAGCUCCACCUGGACGGCUGCAACCUCACGUCGGUCCCCACCGAGGCCUUUGUGCAUCUGGGCGGGUUAACCGGUUUAUAUCUGCACCGGCUUGAGUCCACCGUGCUGCCAAACUAUGCUUUCCUUUGCCUGGCGCGUCUGAAGGAACUCUUCAUCGCCGAUUGGCCCAGACUGGAGAUGUUGUCUGCAAACAGCCUGGUCGGCCUCAAUCUUACGUCCCUUGUGAUUCGAAGCUGCAACCUGAGUUCAGUCCCUUACGCCGCUUUCCAUCACCUCGUCUACCUUGUGCACCUCGACUUGUCUUACAACCCCAUUGGCUACAUCCAAGGGAACCGGCUCGGGGAUCUGCUCAGGCUAGAAGAGUUCCACAUAGUCGGGGGACGGUUGCGACGCAUCGAAAUGGCGACGUUUCACGGUUUGGCGCGUCUGAGCCUGCUCAAUGUGUCGGGAAACCUCCUGAGUACCCUGGAGGAGCCAGUCUUUCAAUCGCCGGGCGCCCUUCGACGUCUGGGACUGGACGCAAACCCGCUGGACUGCGACUGCCGCCUGCUGUGGCUGGCGCGCCGACGUUCGUCGCUCGACUUUGGCGGAGGCCCGCCGACGUGCGGUGCUCUGGGUCGCUGGGAUUUCUUGGACUACCCCGCAGCGGAAAUAGCGGAGCUGCUCACGUGCCGGCCCCCUCACGUCCGACCGCACCAACCCGACCUCGUGUGGGUGGAGCAGGGCCACAUGGCGGUGUUGCACUGCAAUGCGGAAGGCCGUCCCGCGCCAUCUGUCACCUGGCGCAACCCUGAGCUGAGAGCUUUAACGGACGUCGGCAGGAUACGAGCGGUCGCCAACGGCUCGCUGGAGGUCCGCUACGCACAGCCGCAGGACGCCGGCCCUUACCGCUGCGUAGCAUCCAACGCGGCGGGAAAUGACACGCGUUCAGUUGAGCUCCGUGUCCGAGCCCUCUCCAAGAAAAAGCCCUUUCGCCUCAAAAGCUGGCUUGUUGCCUUGCCUUCGUCGUCGCCAGACCAGCGGGAGCCGCCGUUCGAUGUCAAGACGCUGUUGAUCGCAGCGUCCAUCGGCUUCCUGUCGUUUUUGAGCUCCGUCAGCGUGUGCUUCGUCGCCAUGUUCUUCUGGAGUAAGGGCAGAGGGCAGAUAAAGCACACCGCCAACAUCGCGUACGUACCGCGCAGUGCUCCCGCCGGCAGUAACGGCGGCGCUGGCAACUACGUGGAGACGAGCCGGUUCACAAUGAAGCUGAUGUAA